AUGCCUCCAGAUCGAGGUCGAGCUUCUCGAGCAUGUGCAUCUUGUCGAAAGCAGAAGACAAGGUGUUAUGAAUCAGGUACUGGCGGACGCCCAUGUCUUCGCUGCGAACGCCUCCAGCAAAGAUGUUCGUUCGAGCAGAGUUUCGUCCGGGACGAUCGUCCUGCUGAGGAUACAAGUGUGCAUGCAAGAGUUGCACACCUCGAGAGGAUAGUUGGGACCUUAUUAGAGCGACUUGGGGAGGACUCGUCUACUAUUACCAGCCAGUCCGUCGCGCAGCCAAACCCUUCAGGCCAUAUAUCAUUGUCCUGCAACAAUGCAGCGAGCGUGGUGUCAAAAUCGGAUUACCCAUCUGCUCCACCUGUUAUGGUCAUCCGCGAUCUAGCAUCGGAUAUCGGGGUAAAGUCACCAGAUGCCAGCUCGCACGAGCCAAUAUUAGAUGGCCUCAUACCGGCCGGUCUCGCACUCGAUCUCAUAACUAUCUUCCUAGAACAUUAUGGUCGGUGGGUUCUAUUCGAUCCAGCAAGUGACCCCAUGGCUUUACUAAAGAGGGUGAGCCAAUCGCCGUUACUGUUCUGCGCUUGCUGCUUAAUCGCUGUCCGCCAUACGACAGAAAGCGUGGCGACUAAUCUUGCCCCCAAACUCUAUCAAUCCGCUCGAUCUUUGAUCUCAGCAGCUCUACUCAUCUCACCGCAGCCGUUAGAAUUCUUCCAGGCGGCCAUUGUCCUCUCCCUGUGGUCUACGACGGUGGGCCAGGUUCCGCUAAGUAUCGACAGUUGGCUUUUGAGCGGCUUUGCCCUGCAACAUUGUCAAUCUAGUCCGCUAUUCGAUGCAAUCAAUCACAGCCCUAACCACACUGAACUAACAAAAGCCACCCUUGACAGUUGGUGUAUCUGGAACCAUCUCUGCCUCGCGCAUCUCCAAUACUGCGUCGGGACAAGUAGAAAGUCCAUGAUCGAUGCUUCCCAGAUUCCAAGAUGUCGAGCGAUUGCCGGAUCCGACCAUGCAACAAACUACGAGCUCCGGAUGGUAGCCGAGAUCUAUCUCUACUGGACAAUCUACGAGCACACAACGACGGAGCCGACGGAUCUCUUGAAGUCAACAGCAAGUCUACAAGACUGGAAGAAGGAAUGGCAAUUUAUCCUAGAACAACCACGCGCCCAAUUCCUGCUCAUGGGAUUCCACUUCGCCCACCUUCUCCUUUACGACCAAUGCUUGAAAUCCAAAACUGCGCGGGUGCGCGAGUCAGUUAUUUCCGAGAUGAUCCGACAUUCCACCUCCAUCAUCCGACUAGCCAUUGACACCGCAGACGACCAUACCCGCCAUUUAACCGACCAUAUCUACCAUAUGAUCACUUUCGCGGCGAUUAUUAUCUGUCGGUUGCUGCACGCAUACGAGGAGCAAUUAGUCCUAACGCACAACCUAGACGAGCUGGACUCAUUGAUCCUCAGUCUCGUGCAAUGGAUGCAAUCGAUCGGUCUUCUGUGCCAUGCAGCACACACCCUCGGCCACGUCAUUGGGAAAGUGCACCAGAGGCUCCGGCCAGCGGUAGUUGUGCCAAGCCAGGCUACAGAGCAGAACGACGCCUUCUUCGGGCAGGACCUGGUGAACUACUUUCCCGGGUUCCUGGGGGUUGAAACGACAGGCGACGGGAGUUGGGAUCUGUUACCCAGCUGGGAUUUCUUGACAUAAUUGACAUAUGUUGGCUAGGGAUUCCGGCCGGUAAGCAUUUAGUUGUUAGUGAUAAGCUAGCUCUAAAUAGC